AAAUGUCAAAAUCAUAUCUAGCCGGAGCCGGAAUGGCUGGCUUGUAGUAGUUGCGAAGUGUAGAUAAGAGUUUUAUCACUUUAUUAUCAGUUUAAAGUAACUGAAUUACCAGCACUACUUCCGAUAUUAAUGUAACAAUGUGAGACUGGCAAAAUCAGAUCAAAAAACUAGAUGGCAGCAUAGCGUUCGUAUAAACAAACCGUGAUCGCUGCUAACUCUCCAGCGCAAUGGGGGAUUCGUCGAAGCAAGAAGUGAUUUUAAUUUCCGAUUUCUCAAAGAAAAAUGACGACGAGCGCGAACCACCACAAGUGAAAAUAUUGUGCUUCGAUUUGACAUACUACAACCAAACAACGCAAUUCUUGCUGUGCUGUGCCGGGGUAUUCGUCCUCUAUUUGAUCUAUGGCUAUUUACAGGAGCUAAUAUUCACACUGGACGGAUUCAAGCCUUAUGGAUGGUUCUUAACUCUAAUCCAAUUCGCGUACUACAUCGUAUUUUCAGUAGUAGAACGGCGAAUAGAAAACAAAAAUCAACCCCGGCGUAUUCCCCUGAGGACCUAUGGACUUCUGGCUUUUCUGACCCUCGGCACAAUGGGACUGUCGAAUUCGAGCCUCGGUUACUUGAACUACCCAACUCAGGUCAUUUUCAAAUGCUGCAAGCUAGUCCCGGUCCUCAUCGGGAGCAUUCUUAUUCAAAAGAAAAGGCACGGACCCCUGGAUUUCUUAGCAGCGAUUGCAAUGUGUAUUGGGCUGGCUCUGUUCACCCUGGCCGAUUCGCAAGUUUCGCCGAAUUUCAACACAGUGGGAGUAGCUAUGAUAUCCUCAGCGCUGCUUUGUGACGCAGCCAUCGGGAAUGUGCAGGAGCGAGCUAUGCGAGAGAACAAAGCACCUAAUAAUGAGGUAGUUCUGUAUUCCUAUGGAAUCGGGUUUGUCUAUUUAUUGGUCAUAAUGAUUGCGACUGGGAACUUAUUUUCUGGCCUGGAGUUCUGCUUGAAGCACCCGGUCGAAACCUAUGGCUACGCAUUCCUUUUCAGCCUUUCCGGCUAUUUGGGCAUCCAAUUCGUCUUAACGCUGGUACGAACGUGCGGCGCACCACUGGCAGCAACGGUAACAACAGCACGGAAAGCAGUCACAAUCGCAAUCUCAUUUGUCUUCUUCACCAAACCGUUUACAAUCCAGUACGUUUGGUCGGGACUAAUAGUCGUUCUCGGCAUCUACUUAAACGUGUACAGCAAGAAGCAUAAGAACUUGACCUUUGCAGAUAUUUUCAAUAGAAUCAAACGCUUGCUGGGAAGCAGAUCUACGGACAGACAAUACCUUUUAGAUGUUUAAAUGAAUACUCAAAUUUGUAUAUUUAUUCUGGGCUUUUGUUGUUAUUCUUUUUCUUUUAAGUACAUUUUGUUCAAUUAGGGACAGUUGUAAAGUGUACAUAUAUAUAUUAUAUUAUAUAAAAUAAAGUUCUGCAAAGUGUCCCUUCAGAAGGAGGAAGAGCAUUUUUUAACAAA